GUUUCUCUUCUUCGGUUUGUGCUUCGUACAAUAUCAGAAUAAACAAAAAAAAAAUGUCUGCUGCAGGAGGAAUACACGUAGGAGGGAGGAAGAAGGACUACCCUGGAAACCUCACUCCUUUUGUUACCGUAACAUGCAUCUUGGCAGCUAUGGGUGGAUUAAUCUUCGGCUACGAUAUUGGAAUUUCAGGUGGGGUGACGUCUAUGGAUCCAUUUCUAAAGAAGUUUUUUCCGUCAGUAUACCGGAAGAAAAACUUGGAUAUAACGGCAAACAGAUAUUGUCGAUACAACAGUCAGAUACUGACUAUGUUCACUUCGUCAUUGUACCUGGCAGCGAUGCUGUCGUCGUUAGUAGCUUCCACUGUCACACGUAAAUUUGGUCGGAGACUUUCUAUGCUUUUUGGAGGUUUGCUUUUCCUCAUAGGUGCUCUCGUUAAUGGCUUUUCCCAAUAUGUUUGGAUGUUGAUAGUCGGUCGAAUCUUUCUCGGGUUUGGUAUCGGGUUUGCGAAUCAGUCUGUGCCAAUCUACCUCUCUGAGAUGGCUCCAUACAAAUACAGAGGUGCUUUUAAUAUUGGGUUCCAAUUAUCAGUUACAAUUGGCAUACUUGUUUCCAACAUAUUGAACUACUUUUCUAACAAAAUCAAGGGUGGAUGGGGAUGGAGGUUAAGUUUAAGUGGUGCUAUGGUCCCUGCACUUAUAAUAAUAAUUGGAUCAUUAGUCCUGCCAGAAACCCCCAAUUCCAUGAUUGAAAGAGGUGAUUGUGAUGCAGCUAAGGCACAACUGAAGAGAAUUCGUGGAGUGGAAGAAGUUGAUGAAGAGUUCAAUGACCUUGUGGUAGCUAGUGAAGCUUCCAUGCAAGUGGAACACCCUUGGAGGAACUUGUUAGAAAGGAAGUAUAGAUCCCACCUUACUAUAGCCGUAUUGAUUCCAUUCUUCCAACAAUUUAGUGGCAUCAAUGUUAUUAUGUUUUAUGCACCUGUAUUUUUCAAUUCCAUUGGGUUCAAGAAUGAUGCUGCUCUUAUGUCAGCUGUCAUCACUGGAGGUGUUAAUGUUGUUGCGACCUGUGUCUCAAUUUAUGGAGUUGAUAAGUGGGGUAGGAGAGCCCUUUUCCUUGAAGGUGGAGUUCAGAUGGUCAUAUGUCAGGCUAUAGUUGCAGCUGCUAUUGGGGUAAAGUUUGGAACAGAUGGAUACAUUGGUGAUUUGCCAAAGUGGUAUGCUGUAGUAGUUGUGCUCUUCAUUUGCAUUUAUGUAUCAGGGUAUGCUUGGUCAUGGGGUCCCCUUGGUUGGUUGGUACCUAGUGAGAUUUUCCCAUUGGAGAUUCGUUCGGCUGCUCAAAGUCUCAAUGUAUCGGUCAACAUGUUCUUCACUUUCUUAGUUUCACAAAUUUUCUUGACAAUGCUUUGUCACAUGAAGUUUGGUUUGUUCAUCUUCUUUGCCUUCUUUGUAGUGGUGAUGACAUUUUAUAUAUACUUUAUGCUUCCUGAAACAAAGGGAGUACCGAUUGAAGGUAUGAGUAGGGUUUGGAAAUUGCGCUCAUAUUGUUUAAUAUUUGAUUUUUUAUUGUUUAAUAUUGUAAAAAACUAAUUACACCUUAAAAAGGUCUCCAUUUCUUUCGAUA